AUGUCUUUCCCCCAAUAUUUAAUUCGAGGAGGUGAUAUAACGAAUUUCGAUGGUUCGGGUGGUGAAUGUAUUUAUGGGAAAACAUUUGCUGAUGAAAAUUUUAACAACAAACAUUCCAAAUCCGGUACUUUAUCGAUGACUAAUUUUGGUCCGAAUACCAAUAAUUCCCAAUUUUUCAUAACUUAUAUUGGACUUCCAUUCUUCGAUGAUACAUAUGUUGUUCUCGGCGAAAUUUCAAGUGGCAUGGACGUUAUUCAUGCCAUCAUGAAUCAGGGAAGUGCCACUGGUCGACCUAAAACAGAUAUCAUCACCGUCGAAUGUGGAACAAUCAAUGAAAACUAGUAUUAUCACUAAUCGACGAUCUUGCCCUAUUCUUUCCAGGUUCUUGUUUUUCUUGGUUUUCAGACAAGAUUCUUUUUCCAUUCCUUCUAUACAAGAUUCGUGCCUGAAAAAACUGAUCUUGCCUUUCUGACAAGAUUCGUGUAGACC